AAUUUCCAAAAGAAAAAAGAUAGUACAUAAUUUUAUUUCCUAUUUUGUCCUUAUCUCUCUUUUGAUCAUAAUCACCAUCAUAUUACAACACAAACAUGACUCAUCUUAUAUUUAUGGCGUUUUCUGACUUUUGUCUAUCACCCCCUGUCGACUCAUCUUCUCAAAAUUCUUCUUAUUAUUAACUGAAAAUUAUAAUUUAUAUUACGAAUAUUUUGUACUGAAGAAUUUAAAUUGUACAUUAUAUCCUGCUCUUACCAUGUCGAUUUGUCGCCGGAUAAUCACCGGCGAAUUGUCGUCGCCGGUGAGCCGUCAUGUUCCGGCAACAAAACUUCCAGCUCGGUCACCGGUUCAUUAUGUUAACUUCAAUCACCGGCCGGCAAUCAUCAGCAGAUCAACGACGACGAAAUGUUACGUAAUUGAGGCAGUGGAAUCCGCCGUCGUACUCCGUCGCGGCGUCGGCGGAGGCGGGAAUGGGAAGUGGAGGAGGUGGUGUGCGGUGGGAGAUCAGGUGGUGGAGAUUAAUGAUAGCCGGAAAAGUAGAGAUCAGACGGCGGAGAUAAUGGUUGCAGCGACGGCUACGGUGGUGCUAGGUGUAGGGAAUCGGGUGCUUUACAAGCUGGCUUUAGUUCCUUUGAAGAACUAUCCUUUCUUCCUGGCUCAGCUCGCCACUUUUGGAUAUGUACUCGUAUACUUCACUAUCUUAUAUCUUCGGUAUCAUGCUGGCAAGGUCACUGAUGAAAUGCUUUCCCUUCCAAAAACUCCAUUUGUUGCUGUUGGUCUAUUAGAGGCUCUUGCCGCUGCGUCUGGCAUGGCUGCUGGAGCUAUUCUUUCGGGGGCCACAAUUCCAAUACUCUCCCAGAGUUUUCUUGUCUGGCAACUUCUCCUGUCUUUUAUUUUCCUCGGGAGAAGAUAUAGUCUCAACCAGUUGUUUGGGUGCUUUCUCGUGGCUGUUGGUGUUAUCAUAACUGUAGCAAGUGGAUCUAGUGCUGGUUCUUUGGUGGAAGCUGGAAUAUUUUGGAGUCUUUUGAUGAUAGUUUCCUUUUUGUUCCAAGCUGCAGAUACUGUCUUAAAGGAAGUAAUAUUCUUGGAUGCUGCUAAAAGACUGAAGCAGGUAGGUACUGUUGAUCUGUUUGUCGUGAACUCCUAUGGAUCCGCUUACCAGGCAGUUUUUAUAUGCCUUCUCCUCCCAUUUUUGUCGAAGUUAUGGGGUGUUCCAUUUACUCAACUGCCAAACUACCUUAGAGAUGGUGCUGCAUGCUUUUUGAACAUCGGCACAUUAUCCGGUGGGUGUGAUGGUGCACCUCUUUUACCGCUGCUGUUUAUCAUUGUAAACAUGGGUUUCAAUAUUUCAUUGUUACACCUGCUUCAGAUUUCCUCUGCUGUGGUAUCUUGUCUCGCGUCAACAGUUUCAGUACCAAUAUCCGUCUUUUUAUUCACAUUGCCAUUACCAUAUCUUGGAGUUGCGUCCUCCCUCCCGCCUGGUUUUGUAGCAGGAGCCAUCAUCCUUGUUCUGGGAAUGCUUAUUUAUACUUGGAGACCAUUAAAUCGCCUAAAUAAUCAGGGAGUUGAUAACUGCCACUGUUAACUUGUGGUCCUUGUCACAUUUUGAGGGAGAAGAAGUUACGAUACCAUUCCUCCAACUCCCACACAAAGCAAAUGAGGCAUCAAGACUUGCAUGGUAAAUUGUGUUAUAACCUCUCAAACCUCUUUUCUGAAUUAAAAUCAAUCAGGGGAGUUUUGACAGGAUUAUAACUCGAAUCCAUUGCUCUUUUUAAAUGCAUGGAGUCUGUACCAUUCAUGUCCUUAGAAAGUUGGAGGUUGUAAGGAAGAAGUUUGUUCCCAUGCCAAAGUUGAUUCUUGUAUGUAUACAAUGCAGAAGGCCGGUUUCGCCAUAAGUUAAUUGUUCAACAGAACAAAAAAUGGUACGAAAAUCUGCUCCUGGAUUUUGGCUGUAUUUCUGUUGUAAACUUGUACCAUUAAUUUUUCAAAGUAGGAUUUUACCUACAAUUAUUUUUCUAGACACAUUCUGGAGGUUCUGGCAAAGUCAAUUGAUGACAAACUGUAUAUGGUUAUUAUUUCAGAAAGAAACCACGUGUUGUUAAAGCUCUUCAAAGUUAAUUCUUAGACAUUAUUUCA